ACACACAUUCAUGCAUGCACAUAUAGAUGCACAUUAUGUACAUACAAGCAAGGAAGGGGUCACAUUUCUCUUUAAAUUUUUACCUGAACACUAGCUGCAGUAUGUCACAGUGUCUCCGAGAAAGCUUCGUGGCUAAGAAACUUCCACCACUGACUCUUAGGAACCCUAAUUAUUAUAAUAUAUACAAAAAGAGAGAGAGAUGCAAUAUUUAAAUUCAUUAAAAAAAUAAAAAGAAAUGAAGAAUGUUAUGCAAAUCAAAAGCCUCCUUCUACACCUCUUCAUCAUCUUCUCCUUUAUCUUUCAUUCCUUCUCUCUCUACUCUCUCUCUCUCUCUCUCUCUCUCUCUAGAGUUCUCUUGUUUCUGAUUCCAUGUAUUUCAAAAAAACACUUGAAACUUUCUAAAAGAGAAUAAAGAGAAGGAAUUUAAACCAUGGUUUUCUCGUCUGGUACACCCUUUCUAGAUCACCACAAUUGGCACCAACAGUUGCAACAAUCAAGCCAUCAACAAGGAAGUGGUGGAGGAGGAGAAAACCCUAAUUUUCAGUCACCGCUGGCGCCUCCACAACAUGGAGGUUCUGGUGGCGGAGAAGGAUCGAUUAGACCAGGAUCUAUGGUGGAUCGAGCCAGACUAGCGAAGCUACCCAUGCCUGAGCCAGGCUUGAACUGCCCUCGUUGUGAUUCCACAAACACCAAAUUUUGUUACUUCAACAACUACAGCCUCACGCAGCCUCGACACUUUUGCAAGACGUGCAGGCGUUAUUGGACACGAGGUGGUGCUCUAAGGAAUGUUCCAGUUGGUGGAGGUUGUAGGAGGAACAAAAGAAGUAACAAAAGCAGCAGAAGGUCAAAAUCUCCAGGCCAAAAGGUGGCUAAAUCCAUGAACGGGAGUCCAUCAAGCAGGUAUACCACCGGACACAUAGCAACAAGUAAUCAGCAUCCACAUCCAUCUUCACUUCAAUUACCCUUCAUGAGCUCAUUUGGAGGUAUUUCUGGUAAUAUUACAUCAAAUAUUGAUGGACUUCAUCCUCAAAAUGGAAUGGGUAAUUUCCAAUUCGGAUCUGAAGGUUCAAAUGGAAAUAAUUUCAGUAACAUUUUAUCAAUUGGAAGUGGUGAGAGUUGGAGAUUGCCAUUCUUGGCAGGAUUUGAGGCACCUAAUAAUACCAACUUAUUUCACUAUCAAAGUGAAGGUGGAGUUGCACCACCAGCAUCUUCGAUGAUCGAGAACCCUCAUGCAGAUCCUCCAGUGAAAGUCGAAGAAACCCGAGGUCUGAAUUUAUCAAGACAACUUCUGGGUAUUUCAGAAAAUGCCAAUCAACAACCAUGGUCAGGGAGUAAUACAUGGGCUGAAUUUUCUGGUGUCAAUACUUCUUCUACUCCUACAACACAUUUCAUAUGAUCUUUUACUUUGGAGGAAUUUCUUUCAUCUAAGCGUUCAACUGAGUUAACUUGGACUCCGAAAUCCAAGAUAAGCAAGAAUGUCAUGUGGUCUCACUCAAGAUCGGUUACUACUGAAGAACUGAAGGACAAAAAUGGUAGGUUUACUAUAUGCUAUUCAAAUUGAAUGUUAUGGUAAAGUAGUGUGUUGUGCUUUUAAUUCAACUAAUUAAUGUGUUUGAGAGUUCAAUUACUUGUACUUCAUGUCUAAUGUUUUUACUUAAUUUGUGUCAAAGUGUGUGGUACUUUUUCA